AUAUAUAAGUAAAAUAAAUGUGAGAUGGCUCAACGAUUCCCAGCCGGUGGCCCAAACGCUGCACCUCCUCCUGGUGCUAUGCAGCAACAACAACGCUACGCCGGCCCAGCACAGCCCCAAGGAUCUCCCAUGCAACAGAGACCUUACCCAGGACCUAAUUUCCCGCCCCGCAGCGGGUUCGCCCCGGCGGCGGCGGGCGGGGCGGCGCGCGCGGCGGGGCCCGGCCCGGGCGCGGGGCCGGCGGGGGCGGCGGGGGCGAUGGGGGCGGCGGGGGCGGGGGCGGUGGGGGCGGCGGCGGGGGCGGCGGGGGGCGCGGCCCCGCCGCGGGGGGGCGCCCCGCCGUCGGCCGGCAAGCGCCCGGACGCGCGCAGCCCCAUGCCGCCGCAGCACAAGCCCGCGCUCUACAACCCUGAGGCGUACGGUGCGGGCGGUGCGGGGGGCGGAGGCCCGGCCUCCAAGCGGAAGAAGCGUCUGGCCGACAAGAUCCUGCCGCAGAAGGUGCGCGACCUGGUGCCCGAGUCGCAGGCCUACAUGGACCUGCUGGCCUUCGAGCGCAAGCUGGACGCCACCAUCAUGCGCAAGCGACUCGACAUACAGGAGGCGCUCAAGCGGCCCAUGAAGCAGAAGCGGAAGCUGCGCAUAUUCAUCAGCAACACCUUCUAUCCAGGACAAGGGGAGAAUGCCGUAGCGUCAUGGGAGUUGCGUGUUGAGGGUCGGCUGCUUGAUGAUUCUAAAAACGAUCCUAAUAAGGUGAAGCGCAAAUUUUCAUCGUUCUUCAAGUCCCUGGUGAUAGAGUUGGAUAAAGAGUUGUACGGACCCGACAACCACCUGGUGGAGUGGCACCGCACGCUCACCACGCAGGAGACCGACGGCUUUCAGGUGAAGCGGCCCGGGUACAAGAACGUGCGGUGCACGAUCCUGCUGCUGCUGGACUACCAGCCGCUGCAGUUCAAGCUGGACCAGCGGCUGGCGCGGCUGCUGGGCGUGCACACGCAGACGCGGCCCGUGAUCGUGAACGCGCUGUGGCAGUACGUGAAGACGCACCGCCUGCAGGACCCGCACGAGCGCGAGCACGUGGCCUGCGACAAGUACCUCGAGCAGAUCUUCGGCGCGCCGCGCCUCAAGCUGGCCGAGGUGCCGGGCCGCCUGGCGCCGCUGCUGCACGCGCCCGACCCCAUCGUCAUCAACCACGUGAUCGCCGUCGAGCCGCCCCACGACGCCAAGCAGACCGCCUGCUACGACAUCGACGUCGAGGUCGACGACACGCUCAAGACGCAGAUGAACAACUUCCUGCUCAGCACCGCCAACCAGCAGGAGAUCCAGGGGCUCGACUCCAAGAUACACGAGACGGUGGACACAAUAAACCAACUGAAGACCAACCGCGAAUUUUUCUUAAGCUUCAGUAAGGACCCACAACAGUUCAUUCAGAAGUGGCUUGUCAGCCAGUCGCGAGAUCUCAAGACGAUGGGGGGCGGCGCCACUGCCGCGGGAGCCCCCGAGGAGGAGCGUCGCGCCGCGCUGUACUCGCAGGGCUGGGCGGCCGAGGGCGUGUCGCGCUACCUGCACGCGCGCCUCGCCGCGCGCCGCCGCGACCUCGACCUCGCGCUCUCCGCGCACCACCUCGCGCGCCUCUAG